AGAAAACAAUCUUGUGAGGAAGAAAAAGAUUGGAUUUUGAUAAUAUAAGUGAAAAUGGGGGAGCUUUUGUGUUCUCUACUAUGGAACCCGUCAAGCUCAUCGUCUCGAUUCAUUGUUGCUUAUCUCAAAAGGUAUUUUCUGGGUUCAGAUUCUUAGAGGUUCUUGUUCUUGAAAGUCUGAUACUUUGAAUGUAACUGCAAAGAAAAAAGGGAAGAUUUUUAAUUUCAAUAUGUAUAUUUCUCGGAUGGGUUUGAGUCGGAGUUUCCCGCCGCUUUUUGGGGGAUUUCGGGAAAUUCUAGGGUUAGGGUUGGAUAUUGUCUUCCUCUAGCAGUCUCUUCAUCUUUCUUGAGAUUGAAAGAGGUCUUUUUUGUUUGUUCCUGGAAUCGAGAUUUUGGAUCUUAAUCGAUAUGUGGGUUAAUUGGGAGAUCUGGGAUUUGGGAGAUCUUGUGGUGGAUUGAAGAAAAAGCAAGCUUACAGAUUUUGAAAAUGAAAGGUUCAAUUCUUACUGGUUUGUCAAUGGAGAAUCAUCAUCCUUCAACGCUUUUAUCAAUGGAUUCUAGUGGUUCAUCACAUGAAGAGCUUGAUUUGGAGAUGAACAAUGGUAAUCGGCAAAUCACUCUUUAUAAUCCACCAGACAUUAAUCUGCCUUUGUCUGUAGGAAGAAGCUCUCCUUCAUGGAAUUUAGAUGCUUGUGAUAACAUUUUGGAUGUUGGUCUUAGCUCUCAUGUCUAUGAGACCGAGACGUUUCUCAAUGUGGUUCCGAGUAAAGUAGCUAAGAAAUGCUUGAAACGAGGGGAUAGUAUGUGGGGAGCUUGGUUUUUCUUUAGCUUCUACUUCAAACCGGCGUUGAAUGAGAAAUCGAAGUCUAAGGUCAUUAGGGAAACUAGUAAUGGAGGAGGAGGAUGUUUUACUGGGUUUGAUAAAUCUGAUCUCAAGCUCGAUGUUUUUCUUGUUCAGCAUGAUAUGGAGAACAUGUAUAUGUGGGCUUUUAAGGAUAAACCCGAGAAUGCGCUUGGAAAAAUGCAGUUGAGAAGUUAUAUGAAUGGGCAUUCUCGUCAAGGUGAGCGUCCGUUUCCGUUUAGUGCGGAGAAAGGGUUUGUUCGGUCUCACAGAAUGCAGAGGAAGCAUUACAGGGGACUCUCUAAUCCUCAGUGUCUUCACGGGAUUGAGUUUGUGGCUUCGCCGAGUUUGUUUGGUGUUAGCGAAGAAGAUAAGAAGAGAUGGAUGGAGCUGACGGGUCGAGAUUUGAAGUUCACUAUCCCUCCUGAUGCUAGUGAUUUCGGUUCAUGGAGAAAUCUUCCCAACACAGAUAUCGAGCUAGAGAGACCAGCUCAUGUUACAAAACCGGCACAGAAUAACGCCAAGAAGAUUCUCAACGGCUCGGGCUUACAUUUGACAAGCAACGCGUCUUUCAGUAGCAAUGGGGACUCGUCUGAUCAAUCUCCAGGAGGAGUCAUCAACAACAAAAAGAGAAAAGAGUUUUUAUCUCCUGGAAGCAGCGAAGAAGAAUGUUGUUUGACUGUUAACAACAUCGAGACCCACCACGCCAAGGACCCGCCCAGUUGGGUAAACGACUUCACUGGAGUUAUGAAGAAUAGCUGCGGACCCGUAACUGCAGCAAAAACCGUCUACGAGGACGAAGAAGCUUAUCUAGUCGUAAUUACUCUACCAUUUGUUGAUUUGAACACCGUGAAGGUUUCAUGGAGGAACAAUAUCACAAAUGGAAUCGUGAAGGUCACGGGACUGAGCACUUCGAGAGCUUCGUUUGUGAAGAGACGGGACCGGACUUUCAAGCUGGUUGAUCAGACGGCUGAGCAUUGUCCUCCAGGGGAAUUCAUGAGGGAGAUACAGUUGCCAAAUCGGAUUCCGGAAGAAGCAAACAUUGAAGCAUAUUUUGAUGGGACUGGACCAGUUUUAGAGAUUGUGGUUCCAAAAUUGAGAGGAGGAGUGGAGGAAGAACACGAGGUUAGAGUAUGUCUACGGUCACACCACCUCGGAUAAAAGAUGCAACCAUGUUUUAAGUGUUUGUAGAAGCAUUUUGUUGUGUACAAUGGGAAAAUAAGCAUAAGCAUAAGCA